UCCGAUUGGUACGAGCACCGGCGGUCCCAAAAGAAGCCACACACAGACACGAAAAACACACACAUAGAUGCUCUAGUCAUUUGUUAAAGCAAAGAAGUAUCUUCAACCAGAACUAUGUUUACAAGCUCAUAUCUGUAGCAUCUCCAUCUUGCUUACUGUACCACCAUCGAUCACUUGAUCAGCCAUGAACUUGCUCGGGAGUGACCCCUUCUCCCAGUCUUCAUCAUAUUCAGAUCCUCAAGGUGUCCUGAUAUGGAAACUCCUCCUUACCCAUGACCCUGAUGGUCGUCGUCUUGAUUCUGAGCUAUUGCUUCAUGCAACAGAGCGCAUCAUGCUUUAUGCUACUACAUCAGAAGUACCAGUUACCUCUCUGGUUUCUGGUCUACAGUUUGGUGCGGUUGCAAUGAAUAAGGAAAGCAACGUUGAAGGACUCGAUUCCCUUGAAUCACUCGGACAGGCCAUCUAUGAGAUUUCACACCAGUUGCUCUGCAAGUGUUCUGGUGAAGAUAGUCUCCACAUGAGGACGAUGGUUUUGUUUGAUAUGCUAGGGAAGUAUAAAUGGGAUGCAAAAAUGGCUUUAGUACUGGCAGCAUUUGUGACAAGCUAUGGGAAUUUUCGGCUCCUCAUGCAACUCUAUCCUCGCGAUCCUUUGGCGGCAUCGAUUGCAAUGCUUAAGCGAUUGCCUUACAACUUGAGCACAUUGAAGCCUCGCUUUAAGGCGUUGAGCCAGUUGGUUAAGACAAUGGUGGAUGUGACAAAGUGUAUCAUCAAGUUUGAAAGCUUGCCACUUUCACAUUUAGAGCUGGAUAAAGAAAUUUCUGUUGCAAAGUCUUAUAUUUAUGUAGCUGCUUACUGGAUCAUUAGGAGCGCCUUCACAUGCUCUUCGCAAAUCACAGAUUUGACACCCAUGAAAACUGAGCAAGUGUAUUCAGAUUCAACAGUAAUUGCAACAUGGGAGCUCUCAAGUUUGGUUUAUCGGUUAAGCAGGAUAUGCAGUUGCCUCAGACGGCAGGUGGAUGUGUGUCAUCAACAAAUAGAGAGAAAGAUUUGGCAGAAGCUAUUGAGUCUCUUUCAGGAGAUCCAUGUGGACAAUCAAGAGGUGCUCUAUACGUUAUUUGCUUCGACAGAUGACCUGCCACUUAAGGAUUGCUCCUCACAAGCAAAGCUUGGUGUGUCUGAGCUGAGCAACAAGGUAGUGGUGCUCUUAAUCUCAAAGCCAGAGCCCCUCCCAACAGAAAAUUUACUUUUGCUGGUUCAGCAAACAUAUGAUCACCCUCUCAACAAGAAGUAUAAGGGAAGUUAUGAGAUUGUAUGGUUUCCAAUUCCAUCUACUAAUACAUGGACUGAUGCUGAGGUGAGAAGCUUCAACGUUUUCUCAAACUCUUUACCAUGGUACUCAAUAAGGCUGCCAUGGUUACUUAGCUCAGAAGUGGUGAACUAUGUAAAACAAUCAUGGAACUACACGGGUGAGCCUCUCAUGGUAGUAUUGGAUUCAAAAGGGAUGGUUAGCAACUCAAAUGCAAUUGACAUGGUAAUGAUCUGGGGAGCCCGGGCAUAUCCCUUUUCAGCUUCAAGAGAAGAAGUGCUCUGGGAAGAGGAGAAUUGGACAUUGCAACUUCUGAUUGAUGAGAUUGACACCUUAUUGGCUAGCUGGGUAGAAAAAGGAAGAAACAUUUGCAUUUAUGGAAGUGAGAACCAAGAUUGGAUUCAGGAGAUCAAUUCUAAAUUGAAGGAAAUAAAAAGUGGAGGUGUGCAGCUUGAGAUGGUGUAUGUAGGCAAGAGGAACCCGGAUGAACAUGUAAGGAACAUUUUGGCCAGCAUUCCGGAAGAAAAUCAUACUGGUUCUAUCUCUUUCUUGAAAAUUCAAUUCUUUUGGCUUCGGCUGGAGAGUAUGAGAAGGUCAAAACUCCGACUUGGAAAGACUGUCGAUACCGAUCAUAUUCUAAAGGAGGUGUCAGCAUUGCUAGACUUUAGUGACAAGGGUUGGGCAAUAAUAGGGAAAGGGUCUUCCACAGAUAUUUUGAAGCUUCAAGGAGAAGAUCUCGUGCACUGCUUGAAUCUUUUUUCACAAUGGGAAGAAAAUUUGGCAAAACUCCUGGAUGCCAGUAGGGGUGCCCUUGAACCUUGCAAUCACUCUAAUGUCAUUCCUUAUGCUGAGGGGUUGAUUGAAGGAACUGCAAUUUGUGAGAAAUGUAAGCGUCCCAUGAAGAAGUAUAUUGUCCUUGAAUGAAAUGUAAUGAACUAGGUGACUACAAACUGCGUUUCCUACACUUUUUUGAUAUCCUUUUUGAUUUACUGACUGGUAGACACUUACAAAAAGAUCUACCAUAUUCAUGGAACAUGCAUAUAUAAUGUUUCCUGG